AUGGCUGCAAAAAUAACAUUUGAUGAAGGAUCUAGAAUGAGAUAUAUCCCAUGCUUUGCUGAGGGAAUUCCUUUGCCGAAUAUUACAUGGGAGUCGAUUGAUAAAGUAUCGCUUCCCUCUAAUGCAAGACAGGUCCUUCAUUAUUUGAUGUUUAAAAACAUAACCUUGUUUGAUGGUGGACUUUAUAUGUGCACGGCGAGAAAUGAAAUGGGAACAGAUAUCAAAGUUGUACAUGUCACUAUUACAGCAAAACCUGCCCAACUCCACACAGCACCUGUCAUACAUUCAUCAUUAUCUACAGUUAAAGUUGACUACUAUACUAAUGCAAAACUUGUAUGCCAGGCAACGGGAUUCCCAACACCUUCUAUAACAUGGAAAUAUAACAAUAAAGUACUACAAACAUCUGGAAGCAUCUUAGUUGUACGGAAUGUGACAAAUACAACAACAGGUUCUUACACGUGUGUCGCAAGUAAUGACGUAGGAACUAAUGAAGUAAAAAUAUUACUUCAAGUCACGUAUGAUACGCCUCAUAUAGUGAUUCCUCCAACAACAGCUGUCAUAAUGGUCGGAUUGUCUCGCAAUUUUACAUGUAUUGCAACUGGACAUCCAAACCCGUCAAUCACGUGGUCUUUCAAGUCAUUUGCACAAGAAUCAACAAAAAUGCCUUCUAAUCAACUUCACCAGGAUGGACAUGUGCUGACUCUUUUUGCACUCAAAACGCUUGAAUCAGGAACACUCACAUGUACGGCCACGAAUGAUUUUGGAGAAGAUAAAGCUUCGGCGGCAGUUAUUUUCAGAAAUCCUGUUUCAGUUUUUGGUUAAAAGAGACUACAACCAAAGUUAAUAGGAUAACACUCAAAUAGAGUUAAAAAAAAAAGAACAAAAUGCAUC